AUUAAAUCCAACUUCGGCGUUAUUUGCUUGGAUGGAGAAAUAGUUCAGUUCGUUUUCUUUUCUUUCCUCUCCUCGAGGCGCAGGAUCUAAUUCCAAAUUCCCGUUGAUGAUUCUGGAAUUCACUCUCAUUCUUCUCCGCCAUUGAUGUGGCUUCUUCGAAUCUCUUGCUCUUUGCUUAUCGGAGUUUCUUUCUUGGAUCUACUCCGUCCCUGGAUUGGUGGCGGCAGAAUUCAGAGGCUGAAAUUUUCACGAAUCAUUUGUUGAAAAAGCUACAACUAGUGCGGCAAUGAAUUAGAACAAUUUGCCGAACCACAUUGCAGUUAUUGUUGUUGAAUCUGAAGGUUUGGAUUUCUCCACCGGAAAAUCCUUUGAAUUGGAUUCCGUUGUUUCCUAAAUUGUUAUAGUUCGAAAUCAUGAUGGAUUCCGAAUCCGCCGACUCUUCUUCAUCAGCGCAACCUCCUCCUGCAAAACCUACUUCCACUGCAGAGCCUAUUGCGAUAGCUUCGAAUGUCGAUUCUUCUGAUACGUCUUCUAACGCGGAGCCCUUGGUUCCAACUGGAACUACGGCCGAUCAUCCAGCUGAAGAAUCACGAACUACAACUGCGGAAUGUAAGGAUGCGAAUACAAGUCUGCCUACGCCGACGCCGCCACCGGACUCCGUGGCUACAAGUUCUGGUGGUUCCACCCUUUCUCGUAUUACUAGUGGCAUCGGUUUGCGUCUCUCUGCAAUGGCUUCUGGAUCAGAAGAGGCUUCUCAAGGCAGUGCAACAACAGCUGGGCAGGGUGGUGUUCUUGAAUCACUGACGAAGGGCUUAGUCGACUCAUCUCGGAGUGCCGUCAAGGCUAUCCAGGUCAAAGCUCGCCAUGCUGUGUCUCAAAAUAAACGCAGAUAUCAGGAAGGAGGAUUUGAUUUGGAUAUGGCUUACAUCACUGAGAACAUCAUUGCUAUGGGGUUUCCCGCUGGUGAUUUGAGCUCUGGGCUUUUCGGGUUCUUUGAGGGGUUCUAUCGGAAUCACAUGGAAGAAGUGAUAAGAUUUUUCGAGAGUCGCCACAAGGGAAAAUAUAAAGUGUACAAUCUAUGUGCAGAGAGACUGUAUGACGCAUCACGGUUCGAGGGGAAGGUGGCAUGUUUUCCAUUUGAUGACCAUAAUUGCCCUCCGCUUCAACUCAUACCAUUAUUUUGUCAAAGUGCAUACUCCUGGUUGAAGGCGGACAUUCAAAAUGUAGUAGUAGUCCAUUGUAAAGCUGGAAUGGGCAGGACAGGUCUGAUGAUCUGUUGCCUUCUUCUAUUUCUUAAGUUCUUUCCGACUGCUGCGGAGGCCAUUGAUUUCUUCAACCAGAAAAGAUGCAUAGACGGGAAGGCUUUAGUUCUCCCAAGUCAGAUUAGAUAUGUUAAAUACUUUGAGCGCAUCCUGACUUGCUUCAAUGGCAAAAUUCAGCCUGGACGGAGGUGCAUGCUUCGGGGUUUUCGGCUUCACAAUUGCCCUUACUGGAUACGGCCUCCUAUCACCAUCUCCAAUCAUAGUGGAGUUCUAUUCUCAACAAGAAAUCAUCCAAAAACCAAGGAUUUGAUGCCUGAGGACUUUUGGAUCAGUGGCCGGAGGAAAGGAAUUGUUGUUUUUGCUCUGCCAGGGGAACCUGGUCUAACCGAGUUGGUUGGAGACUUCAAAAUCCACUUCCAUGACCGCCAGGGGGACUUCUACUGCUGGCUCAAUACUACGAUGACGGAGAACAGGAAAACGUUAACAGGGGACGAAAUUGAUGGCUUCGACAAGAGAAAACUGCCUUCUCCAGGAUUCGAGGUUGAGAUUGUGAUGAUAGAUUACGAUGGUACAUCACCACCGGUAACUACAAAGACCAAUUCAGCAAGCAACAGUGCUAGCGCGUCAAGUUGUGCUGCAACAGCGAAUACAGGAGGAGCUUAUGUUGCUCCGAAGCCUUCUAAUCAAAAGGAAGCGUCAACGAGCAAUGAGGAAGACGAUGUAUUCUCCGACAGCGAUGAAGAGGACACCAAAGCAGCCUCAAAGAGCAAGCAAGGUCAAGGUCGGAGUGAUGGUCAAGCUGCUCCGCCUACUAGUGAAGCGGCUAUGUCCACCACAGAACAAAUGAACAGCUUGACUCGUGGAACGAAGCAGGUGAGUCUCGGUCUUGCUAGUAAGGAAACUUCACAGCCAAGUGCGAGCAGCGAGCCAGCCGCCAUUCAGAAACCUUCAGCGAGCGUGGGAACACCAAAGUUGGAGUCCGGGGCCAGCGAUAUCAAGGCGAUGGCUGCUGAUGCUUCGGUGUUCAGUUUUGGGGACGAAGAUGAUUUCGAAAGCGAUUAAAAGAUGACAAGUAGGCUCGUUCAGUUUUGGCCAGCAAGCUACCAUCUUUCGAAUGGCCCCCUUUGGAUCAGCGAAUGAGGCAAUGCAAAAUCGAUAUGGCCUGGAGUUUGCAAGGUUAGAUUAGAUGUCAAUUGUAUUGGAUAUCAAUUUCGUAGUUUUAUGGGGUUAUGUGGAUGCCAAAGUUGAAAAGUGGUUGAUUUUAACGCACCUAAAAAUUUCAGAAUAUCGGUGUUUAGGUCACAUUGAUCUUAACAAAGCUCACUAAUAUUUCUGUAUGAGGGCAAAAUAAACAUUAGGAAAGCCC